UCAGAUUUGGCGAAGAAGGAACACCUCGGCGAUCGUUUUAUGUUGUCUGUACAUAAAGAAAAUGGCUGUCCUUUCUGCGUAAAUUGUAUUUCUCGUCACUUCUCCAACCAGUGCGCAUUCAGUGUGGAAAAUUAUUAACAAUUGAAUUCGGAGCAUCAUUAAACAGAUUGGACGAAAGGAAAACAAAGAUUGUUGAAAUGCCUGUUGGUAAAAAAACUAUUUGGCGUCUAUGACUCCUGGCCUGCAUUGGCAGAGCGUCGUCAGUUCAGACAGCGCUUUAUUUUCACAAAACUAAGGGAAGCUAGCUGUGGAGACAGUGUCACAACGAAAGAGCCAUUCAAACCAACCAUUCCGAAAAAAAGUAUUGAUGGAAUUUAUUUGAAAAGUGCCGGAGAAGUGCUGUUACAUCUGUGCCAUGUGGCUGUGAAUCCUCCCAAACAUUUUUGCAAAUGAAAAUGGAGGAUAUGUCUAUGUCAGGCCUGGACAACACCAAGCUAGAGGCCUUGGCUCAAGACAUCUACUCUGAAUUGGUGGAGGACACCUGUCUGGGUCUGUGCUUUGAGGUGCAUCGUGCUGUUAAACAGGGCUAUUUCUUCUUGGAUGAGACAGACCAAGAGAGCAUGAAGGACUUUGAAAUUGUGGACCAACCAGGGGUGGACAUAUUUGGGCAAGUGUACAACCAGUGGAAGAACAAGGAAUGUGUGUGUCCCAACUGCAACAGAAGCAUUGCUGCGUCCCGUUUUGCACCUCACCUGGAAAAAUGUCUGGGCAUGGGGCGCAACAGCAGUCGCAUUGCCAACCGCAGAAUAGCCACCAACAACAACACAAGCAAAUCGGAGAGUGAUCAGGAAGACAACGACGACGUCAAUGACAAUGACUGGUCAUAUGGGUCUGAAAAAAAAGCCAAGAAAAGAAAAUCAGAUAAGGUACUUAUACAUUCUUUAAAACAACAUGUAACUUUGAACCCAAAUUCACCCAGGCGAUCAAAAUCUUUAAAGCAUAAAAAUGGUGAGCUUAGUAGCACUGUCAACACAGACCCAUACAAGUACAACUAUAAUACGGGAAUCAGUUACGAAUCGUUAGGUCCUGAUGAACUGAGAUCUUUGUUGACUACACAAUGUGGGGUGGUCUCAGAGCAUACAAAGAAGAUGUGCACUAGGUCCCAGCGCUGCCCCCAGCACACGGACGAACAGAGGAGGGCAGUCAGGGUGUUCCUCCUGGGGCCGUCUGCGUCGUCCCUGCCUGACGCAGACUCUGUGGUGGAGAGCGACGGCUACGACGCCUCAGACGGACAGGGCCUCAUGAGCCGACUGCAGUGGGAUGGGUCUUCAGACAUCUCCCCCACCGACUCGGCUUCCUCCAAAGCUAGCACCAACAAUUCAGACUCAAAGAGGCCGAAGAAAAAGAAGAAGCUGUCUCUAGGACUUGGUGCUGCAGGUGGAGGUACUGCGAGUGGAGGAGGUUGCAGUUCCCAGAGUAACCUCACCUUAUCCAACAGAAAGAAGAGACCCAAACUCACAGCUCCCUCUGUUCCUAAUAUCUAUGACGACCUCAACUAGCAAAGAUGCCCCUCUGCCCCCCCCCCCCCCCCCCCCCCCCCUUCCCCCCUCCAGUCUCCCCUCAGCCUCCCAUGUAGCUGGUUCUCCCCAUCAUAACGUAAAUGAGAAAUAGGAUUAGUCAGUUAGACUGUCAUCUGUCUAGGCAUGGGACCAAUCAUGCUUUUUCAAGCUCUUUUGAGAUUAGAUUUCUUUUUUUGUGUGUCCAACAAGUGUGCCAUUUUGUGGUUUACCCUACAGUACAUUGGAGUUAAGUAUCAAAUGGUGGCUUUUCAGUGAUAGCAUUGUAUUGCACAGUAGUGUGUAUGUGUGUCAGAUAAUGAGAGACAAGACUUUGUUUGUGUGCAUGGAAGUUUGACUGUUUAAUGUUAUGAGUCUGUUUUCUGAUGACUAUGCACCUCUGAAUGUGCCAUUGGGGUGUGUAUGUAUGUGCCAUUUUAAAUAUUUGACUUUUCUGUUUACAUUGACUAAUAUAUAUAUUUAAACGUGCAAUUUUGUGUUCAAUUGAGAGUAUUUGAUUUGUCUCUAAACAACAAAGUGUAAAUGCUGAUUUUCUAUGUAUCAUGGUGUGAACUAUUGUGUUUUUAUGAAUGUAUGUGGUGUUUGAUGUAAAGAAAAUCAUGACACAGUUGUUUCCCAUUAUAAAUGUAAAAAUAUAUUCCAUCUUUCCAUAGAUCAUUACACGCCAUGUUUCUUUUGCCUGUUAGCUGAUACUCUGACAUAACUGUAACCGUCUUGAACCUGCUUUAACACAUGUAGCCCCAUCUAUUUCUUUCCUUUUCUAUAUAAGACAUAAUACUUAUAUGUAUAUGAUAGACGGUGGGGCACUACUCACAGAACAUUCUGUGCUCACAUAGCAUCCUGUAUGACAAAACUUGAACUAAAUACCCCAAAUGCCUGCCUUCAACGAGUUCUCACGGAUCUAUCUGCUUUACAUAAGCCUCUGCAAAGAAGCCUCGCUUGACUUGACUAGCAUGACUUGCAUCUGAAGUGAUCAUCUGGUGUUGAGGGUGUAUGUAUUUGGUUGUCUUCGUCAUAAGCUCUUUCACAUACAUUUUCAACAGCAUUGGCAGGUGGCAUUUACCAGAAUUGGUAACCUUACAUCCAUUGUGCAAGUUGUUUAUUCGAGCUGAUUAGUUGAUCGUAUACAAAAUACUUUCAAAUAUUGGAAAAAAACUGCGCAACUAUUACCGAUGCUUCCUGUUUUUAUUCAACGUAGUUCCAGCUGCUCUAAAAUAAUUAGCAUAAAAUGUAUUAUAAAUGUAAUUUCCUUCAGAUACGACUCAUAACGCUUUACAAACAGGGUAGAGAAAGGGUGUUACACGAGUAUCUGUACAUUUAUGUAAAUGUGUUGUCUCUUGAGUGCGGGACAAAGGACGCGAUACAAAGUGAAUUUUCACAAACGAAAAUAUUUUUUCAUACACAUGCACGUGUAUAUGUGCAUGUGAAAAUAUGUUUAUUGUAUACAGUAAGAAUGAUGAUACACUAUUUUCUUUAUCUUACAGUUCCUUGUGUAAAGGGGUUGUCUUAUUUGUCAGAAUUAAACCAUGUCAUUCUG